ACGAAGCUCAACAGCGGCGCGUGCCUCGUGGGGCGCCCUCCGUCUUGAUGGCACAGCCCGGCCUGUCAAUCACCCGCCAGUGGGCGUGGCCUAGCGCAGCCCGCAAGGAGCGCCUGACGUCGGACAGCAGUUGUAACGCGGGUACAUUACGAGUACCUGUGUGUUACCCGUCGUCUGCUUACCUGAGUGAACUUCUCAUCCCCUUCCUGUGUAGCCAGUCAGUGAAUCUACUCCUGGGAGUAACUGUCUCGGUGUUUGCUGUCUGUGGGUUUGUGCUCCUGUCUUCAUUGACUAGCAUCUCAGAAAGAGGAGAAGAACAUCGGAGUUGUUUUUUUUCUUCUUUCUCUCACCCCAUCAUGCGGAAGCUGUCUGUCUAACGAGAUGAACUGAUCCUUUGGCUGGGAAUUCUUGCAACGGUUUCUGAGGGGAACUGCUUUGAACAGCAAGGACACCUGGAAGAUGGCCAACAAGCGAGAACAUGUUCUAUCACUCAUUCUGGCUCUCGUUGCCGUGGCAGACUUCGCUCGAGGUGCGGAUAUCGAUGUCAGCAUCAAAGAAGAGGAAAGGGAGGAUACUCCUGUUGUUAACGUCAACAACUACCCCGCACUGUUUCUGGGAGUUUCGAAUGCCAACCGUCCUCUUGUCUUCAAUAUUCUGGACAAGUCCAGCAUCCCUGCAUCCUUCUUCAAAAUAGAUGCGAGUUCAGGCGUCAUCUCCAUGGCGACUCGGCUGGACAGAGAACAGGUGUGCGGAUCUUCGUGUUCAUGCGCGCAGGAGUUUAACGUCGCUAUCGAGGGCGGAUCCUUCACCAACAUCGCCAGUGUCAAGGUGACGGUUCUGGACGUCAACGACAACCCCCCGUCCUUUCCCUCCAGCCAAGUUUACCUCAAAGUGUCGGAGGGCGCCAAGGUGGGCACGGUCCUGCAGCUCAGAGGAGCCCAGGACCUUGACUGCGCCUCCAACUUCGUCGUCCAACGUUACGAGAUGACCCCGAAGACCAGCGCCUUCUCCAUCUCGGCCACGAAGUCUCUGGGCGUCAGCAGCUUCAUUAACCUUCGUCUGGAGCAAGGACUGGACCGCGAGACCACCCGCGAGUACAACUUCAACGUCAUCGCUGUCGACGGCGGCGACCCAGCGCUCAACGACACCCUCCAGGUGAAUAUCCAGGUCGAGGACGAGAAUGACAACCCACCAAUGUUCCAGCAGGAGUCCUAUGCGGUGGAGGUCAAAGAAGAUGCGCAGGUGGGCUCCAAGAUUCUGCAGGUGCGAGCCACGGACAAAGACAGCGGGGUGUACGGAACUGUCCAGUACCGUUUUAGCAGUCUUCGUUCCGAUGUUGUGGACCGCUUCUUCGCGAUGAACUCCUCGACAGGAGACAUCACCCUGAAAGCGCAGCUGGAACACAAGACCGGCAUCUCGGAGUACAAUCUCAUCGUGGAGGCCUUUGACGGUGGGACUCCUCCAUUCGUCGUGCAGGCGGUCGUCACGAUCAAGGUGCAAAACACGGGCAACAACCCGCCGGUAGUGAGGAUCGUCACGGUGCAGACCGGCGACACCACCGAAGUUCAGAUCCUGGAAUCCGCCAUGGUGGACUCGUUCGUUGCUUUCGUCAAUGUUGAGGACAGUGACGCGAGUCAAAACGGUAAUGUUAGCUGUUCUAUGAACUUAAUGCCGGAGUUUCGCCUGGAGAAGCUCGUCAACAAGGGCUACAAGAUUGUGCUGAACAGGACUAUGGACAGGGAGACCACACCUGCGUAUACCCUUGCCAUUAGUUGCGCGGACAUGGGUUCGCCACCCCUCACCACAACUGUAACGUGCAACAUCUUUAUUACAGAUGUCAACGACAACCCUCCCAUGUUUGACAAGUCAGACUACCGUGUCACUGUUGACGAAAACAACGGGGUGGCUCAGUACCUGCUGCAGGUGACUGCCACAGACGCGGAUGCAGGUACAAACGCACUCAUCGCCUACAACCUUUUGGAACCAGAAGCCGCACGCUACCUGCACGUGGACCCUCAAACUGGCAUCAUCAGCGCCGCAGCGUCUCUGGACAGGGAGGUCACUCCCGAGCUGAGGUUCACGCUCACUGCGACAGACAGCGGCAGCCCCCCGAUGAUGGCGACGACCAGUCUGACCAUCACCACGGGCGACCUCAACGACAACGCACCGCAGUUUCAAGGGCUUCCGUAUGUUUUCACCGUGUCCGAGCGGGCUGACCGGGUUAUCUUGUCGGUCACAUCCUGGCAACCGACGCAGAUGGUCGAGUUGUUCUUUGCUGGCUCGGUCAGUGGCGAGGUGCCGUUCACAGUCCACCCCAACGGCUCCAUCACCGUGUCCAGGGCGCUGGACAGAGAGACUGACCCGAUAUACGGGUUCACAGUGUUGGCCAGGGACAGAGGGAACAUCCCGCUCUCGAACACCACUCAUGUGACAGUCAGCAUCAGCGACGUGAACGACAACCCUCCUGUCAUCCUGUUCCCCACCAACGUCAACCACUCUGUCGUCAUCUCGCGUCAACCCGAGGCAGGGACCGUGCUGGCGCGCAUAAUCGCCUACGACGUUGACGACAGCAACGCGUCAUCGCUGGUGUUCUCCAUCUCCAGCGGCAACGAAGACGGAGUUUUUCAGGUGGACCCCAGGAGCGGAGAACUCUCUCUGACGGGCGUGCAGAGACUGAAGAACCCGCACGUGUAUCAGCUUCACCUGCGCGUGAGCGACAUGGGCGUCCCCCCUCUGUCCGCCACCACCAGCCUCCUGGUGGAGGUCAGCUUCCAGAACCUCAGCGCCGCGCUAGGGGACGCAAGCAACGUGGACGGCGAGGGCUCCCACGACAGCUACGUGGUGAUCGUGGGGGUCAUAGGGGGCGUCACGCUCGUGUUGUCGGGGAUCAUCAUCGGCGCCAUACUGUUUGUCUUGCGUUCGGAGCGACACCGCAAGCCCCCCUCCAAGCAUUCCCCCCCGAGAAGCAGCUGUCCAGUCUUCAAGAACGACUACGUCACCCCCAAAGCAGAGUCGUCCCCAAGAAAGAGCGACCCACAGCGUGGGAACGGCUCACCACGACCACCAUCGCAAGAGGACCUUUCUUCUUCUUCCCCUCCAGUUAUUCUGUCCCCGAAAGGUUUGCCUCAAAGACCUGACGUGCAGAAGAAGGUUAGCUUCAGCCUGGACCCACCCGCUGCCGAGACCCCUCAGAUCCAGACUCGAGGGCUCUCCUCCCCUCCACCUCCUCCACUACCUCCACCGCCGUCCGUGCACGACGUAGCAGCAGACGGGUGCUUGUGGAAACGAAUAAACGGGCCUGAUGACGUCAACAGUGACGCUUCCGGCGAGUCGGGGACCAGUGACAGCGGCAAGGGCGCCAGUGAUGACGACACUCACCUUGACAUCUCCUUGGACAAGCACGCCGGUACCAGGGGUAACCCCACCCUGACUAGUUUUCGAGCAAGCCCGGAGAGGCAAGGACAAUACAACUCUGCGACUCUCACUGUAGGCAGCUACCGCCAGGGUCAUGGUCAUCCUGAGAGUAACCCUCCGAGUCAGAGGUCGUCCUCGAAGCCGCGAGGUCUGUACUCGGGCAGCUACCACGAGAGUCGCAGGCCGCAGGUCAAGGCGGCGCACCCCUACCGUCGGAACUACGGCCCGCCAUAUUGCCACCCGGCUCAGGCGAGCGGGUACGCCGAGGGCCUGUCCAGCCACCCGUCGGGUAGCAGGCACAGCCUGGACCUGAUGGACAACGUGGUGAGUCGUCUGCCCCAGGUCGGCGUCCUCCAUGUCCUACCAGAGGCAGGCUCCAGCACGGCGCUCGACGAUGACGUCAGCACGACCACUUCCGGUAGCUACACCGUCACCCCGGAGGAGUUUCGUCUAGAGGGCGCCAUGAGCCAUGAUGUCAUCGUGUGAAGGAUGAUGAGGUGUCGUGACUUUCAUCAGACGAUGCGUGCGCAUCUUGCGCGAGGUAUAUCGAGUGUGAUGUAUGGUGUUCGUCGAUUCGUCACGAGAUUUCUGUGGUGAGGCGUGACACAAAGAGUCAACAGAUUCGCUGUUCGUGACAGCUGUCGUGUGUUUUAAUACU